UUACUGGGAAGCAAGGAAGGAAAGGAGAUCGAGGGAAAAUCGUAGGGGAUUCCCGGACCGUUGGGAAUGCCAGGCCCUCAGGGUCGUCCAGGGAGAGAUGGGACUCCGGGCAAGGAUGCUGAACCAGGCCCUCAAGGGAUACCUGGAGAACAGGGUCUUCAGGGCUACAGAGGAGAAAAGGGCAGCAAAGGGGAGCUGGGUGAGUGGGGUUACCAGGGGGAACCCGGGCCCCAAGGAAACAGAGGACGUAAAGGAGAGAAGGGAGACAAUGGAAGCAGGGGUCUUAAUGGGAUCACUGGCUACAUCGGAGUACCAGGAGCUAGAGGUCAGAAAGGGUUCAUGGGAACAUCUGGACCACCAGGAGAUAUCGGUGCGCAAGGGUUUGUCGGAUCGCCGGGCCCGCCUGGUAAAAUGGGCCCCAGAGGAGCGAAAGGCGUUCCGGGAGUCAAUGGACCUCCAGGAGAGCCUGGUCCUGAUGGCCCUGUUGGCUUUCCAGGGGUUCGAGGACCACAGGGCAGCCCAGGAGCAGAGGGGCCCCCAGGGGGCAGCAGCAGGCAAUGAAGGGGAAAUAGGACACCCUGGGAUUCCUGGACUGAAAGGGGCCAAUGGGAAGCCAGGAAAACCUGGACCUUCAGGUGAUCCCGGGAUCAAAGCCAAGAAAGGCGAGAAGGGCGAUUCAGGAUUCGAAGGAGACACGGGCCCCCCGGGCCCCCCGGGAAGGCGGGGCUUCAAGGGCCGAGGCGGGGCGUCUGGUCUGCCGGGAGAUGUGGGCCCAGUAGGGCCUCUCGGGGCCACAGGCUCUGUUGGUUACGACGGCAUCAUCGGCGAACAGGGGAAGCAGGGAAGAGACGGGCUGAAGGGUGCCAGAGGUCCUCCUGGUGGCCAGGGCCUGCUUGGACCCAGAGGAGACAAGGGUCGAGAUGGUCGGAUUGGCUUUGCUGGUCUACCUGGACCUUUUGGCUUGAUGGGGAAGCCAGGAGAGAGAGGAGCUGAAGGAGAACCUGGUAUAAAGGUUCCUAUGGUCUUGAAGGUCUUUUUGGAAGCAGGGGACAAGAUGGGACUUACGGAGCACCGGUGA